AUGUCCCCUAUAUUCCUUUCUCUUUUAAAAAAAAAUCUUUAUUUAUUUGAUCUGGUUCUUUUUUCCUCUUUAUAUAUAUAUAUAUAUAUUAACGAAACUACUUUUGUUUUUUUAAAUUUUUUUACUAUUACGGCACAAGCGAGUGAAUCCUCACCCAAAACGGCGGGGAAGGAGCAUCAACUUGUGAGGUUCCUCAUGAAAAAUAUAAAUAUUGCAUGCGGAUACCAAACUUGCCGAUGCUUACACGCAUUAAAAAAGAAGGUUUCGUUUUGUAUUUUUGAAAAAAAAAACAAAGAAGGAAAAGGAAAGAUACAUAUAUAUAUAAAUAUGAAUGCAAAGAGAAAAUUAAUAGACAAGGAGAGGGGCGUAACUCGAGCUUCCUUCAAGUGUUUUUCCUUUUCAUUUUAUCAAUAUUAUUUUAUUUAUCUUUUCUCGGUGUUGUUCUUCUUUUAUCUUUUCUUCUAUCCUUUUCACGUGACACUAUUUCCUUUGGUUGAAACUAACGAAUAA